AUGUUACCUUCUAGUGCUAUGUCUUGGAAACGAGACGAUUGUCUCAAGAAAUGGUUGGAUUGGCUAAAGGACCAAGGGCUUUGGGCUCACCUUGGCAUUGGCGAUGUUCCCGACAGAGACGAAUUAAAGAUCAAAUUAUUUAAAAUAUACGAAGAAGCCGAAAAAGAAGACCGAAAAGUCAUCGAUGUUUUAAUCAAUUUAUUAAAAAAAUUACCGAAUGAAGAAACUAUUGAUUAUACCGUUGAAGAGCAAGAGCUUAUCAACAACUUCGCUGAUCCUAUACUCAGUCCUUUAUUGCAUAGACCAGAAAAAGAGAAACUUUUUUUAUGGUUAGACAAAAUGGUGACAAAAACAUACAACGCCCGCCCUGAUGCUGGUUGUACUAUAAUUCAUGAGAGAAGAAUUGAAAGGUUUUCCUGUUUUGCCGAGGUGAAGGCAGAAUAUAAGAAAAAGGAUACAUUGUCUACCCACCAAGACUUGUUACGAUUAGCAUUAUUUGGUAUGAAUGAAAUUGAGGACAACGAUGCUAAAUGCAUCUUACUUGUACAAGUCAUAGGCGCUGUCAUAAUAUACUAUGGAUGUAUGGAACACACAAAUGUAACUUUAGACAAGAGAACAUAGAACAGUAAACAUAAAUUGCUGUGAUCUUAUUUUUAUUUGAUAAAUAUGUAUAAGUAAAAUAUAU